AUGUCGGCCACGAGUGAGACUAUUGCUAUUGUCAAUACUCCUCAACUCCUUAGCGUUAAUAUAUCUAACGUCACGAAACUCACUGCUUCCAACUUCAUCAUGUGGAGCCGCCAGGUUCAUGCUCUCCUUGAUGGAUAUGAUCUCGCAGGUUACAUCGAUGGAUCUGUCAUUGUACCACCUCCUACCGUUACUACCGACAGUGUAACGACUACCAAUCCUGACUACACGUUGUGGAAACAUCAGGAUCGCUUGCUCUACAGCUCUCUUCUAGGCACCAUUGUCACCACUGUCCAACCUCUCCUUUCCCGAGCUACCACGUCCGCCGAGAUAUGGACUACACUCACCAACACCUAUGCUGCACCAAGUCGCAGUCACAUUCAACAGAUCCGUCACCAGAUCCAGGCGUGGAAGAAAGGUACCAAACUGGUGGAUCACUAUUUCCUUGGUCUUACAAUGCGGUUUGAUAAGCUUGCGGUGUUGGGUGCUGCCAUGGCUCAUGAAGAUCAAGUUGAGGCUGGGUGGGCAUUCGGGUACCCUUUCGGGUUUCGGGUCGGCCCUAAACUUGAGGGUAGGGAGAAAACACCAACUCUCCCUGAAGUUUACGAAAAACUUCUACACCAUGAGGUUAAACUCCAGACCAUUGCCGCUACUUCUCCACCGUCCUUCCCAGCCACUGCCAAUGCGGUCAAUUUUCGUGGUGGUUCCUCUGGUGGCUUUGGUAAUCGCAAUCAGCUACGCAACAAGCAACAAUACCGGUCCAACUACUCGACUCCCAACCAGACUGGUGUGUCUCGUCCGAACAAUGGCAUGUCCCGUGGCUAUCAAGGUAGAUGCCAGAUCUGUGGCAUUCAUGGUCAUAGUGCUCGAACCUGCUCUCAGCUUCAUCAAGGCGGUUUUACAAGCCACCCUCGUGCUUAUGCUCCUUGGCAACCACGGGCAAAUCUUGUCACCGGGUCCGGUUAUGAUGUUCAUCCUUAG